UGGCCACCUCCAGCCCUGGCGCUGCCGCGGCUGGCCCAUCCAUCCGCAAGGUCCCGCCUGUGCUCACCUGCCCUCUCUCCCAGGUUCCCUUGACCCCUCGCCUGUCCUUCAGCUGCCACGAUGAGAUACGCGCCGGAGUUCAAGAAGUCCCCGGCGCACCUCCUGAAGAAGUUUGCAGUGUGCGACAUUCCUCUAUAUGACAUAUGUGACUACAAUGUCACCAGAAAUCGGUGCAAGGAGCUCGGGUGCUGCUUUUAUAAAGGCGUCUGCUAUGAGAAGGCUGUCCCCGCGUACGUGCAGGUGUUUUCUGCCUUGAUCGUCAUCAUCGCGGGGGCCUUCGUGAUCACCAUCAUUUACAAAGUUGUUCAAGAGAGGAGAGAAAAGGACGUCCCCACAGAAGUGCCUUUGCCGUCCGAGGCGAGUGACAAAGCUGAGGCGGUCCCCCCCGCCGGGGAGCCGAAGCCUGCGAGCGCCCAGCCAUCGCUCAAGAGCGCCAAGAGCGCCGAGGCCGAGGCCGAGGCCGAGGAAGUGGCACUGCUUGUCACUGAUACUGGCAUCAAGACCGCUUACAGCACUGACCCGAAGCCACAUCACUCAGACGUGCAGGAGAUUCAGGACUUGCCCAGCAGUAACUGCACUGAUGAGAGGAGCCGCAUCAACUUCUGA